AUGAAUACUGAAUAAUUAGAAUAAAUAAGAUUGAAUGGCCUCUAAUUACUUGAUAAAGGUUACUAUUUAUGCUUAUUCUUAAUAGGCAAAACAUUAUAUUUGAAUGACUAAACAUUUCCAAAAAAAAAAGAAGGAUAUAAUUUAAUGAUAUAAGGAUUAGAGGAACUAUUUAAAUAUGCAAAGCAAGAGACGAAUAAGGAAUCUAAGAGUUUGGUUAAAUAACAGAUCAAAACGCAUUUAGAAUUACUUGAAAAAUUAAAAGUAUAAUUGAAUUCGCUUGAGAAAAAAGAUAACAUAGAAUAGAAUUAAAAUAAUAAUUAAGAAAAUUUAAAUCAACAAUUUAGUAUAGUUUUUAGAAAAUUUAGAGGGUGCUUAGGCUUCAUAACCUGAUUUAUUCAAUCCAAUAAAGACAAAUAUAAAAUUGGAAGAUAUAGUUGGUUUAGAACAAGCAAAGAAAUUAUUACAAGAGGCUGUCAUAAUACCAUUUAAAUUCCCAAAAUUAUUUGAAGGGCUUCGUAAGCCUUAUAAAGGUAUCCUAUUAUAUGGAGUAUUUAUUAAUAUCUAAGCUUUUAGCCUCCAGGUACAGGUAAAACAAUUUUAGCAAAAGCGUGUGCGACUGAAUGUGAUUGCACUUUUUUGUUUGUAUCAUAUUGUGAUUUAAUAUCAAAAUAUGUAGGCGAAUCAGAAAAGUUAAUUAAAUAAUUAUUUUCUUCAGCAAGACAGAAAAAACCGUGUAUCAUAUUUAUAGACCAAAUCGAAUAAUUAUUUAGUGAUCGCGAAUGUGCUAGUGCUGAACUUAGAAAUGUAAAAACAUAGCUUCUAAUUGAAUUUUCAUGUCUUAAUAAUGAUUAGAUGAUUGUGAUUGGUGAAACAAAUUUACCUUGGAAUUUAGAUUUGAGUGUUAGAAAAAGAUUUGAAAUGCGAAUAUAUAUCUCUCUUCUAAAUUAUGAGGAAAGAUUAAAAUUACUUUAAAAUAAGCUUUAAGAAAUACCGAAUAAUUUAAACUUGGAUUAAUUUAAAUGGCUUGCAGAAAAAUUAGAAGGAUAUUCCGGAUCCGACAUAAUUAAUUAUAUUAAAGAGGCAUAAUUUGAAUAGUUGAGAGAAUUACAAAAGGCCACUCAUUUUAAAAAGCAAUUUACUAAAAAUUAAAUCAAAUAUAUAGCUUGUUGCUCAAAUGAUCCAGAGGCUGAGGAGAUGACAUUAAAAGACAUUCCCUCAGAAUAGUUAUUGUUAAAUGAAAGCAUUUCAUAUGUAAAUCUUAAUACUUAAAGAUUUAGAAUGAUUUUUUGGCUGUACUUCCAAAACUAAAAAGAGAUAUUACAUAAUAAUAAUUAUUGGAGUACAAAAAUUGGACAGAUUAAUUUGGAUACUAAUGUUGA